AAGCAGCACCCAGGGCGUAGGUUAGCGUGUAGGCUAGAAGGCGAAGCCGAACGUUAAAACCGCCUCGCUCCUUUCUUUUCUUUCUCUCUUAUAAAUGAACAAAGAGCUUGCGUUUCCCGGCGACUAUGCAAACCAAACCCAAAAGCCUUCGUCUUUCUCACCUUGCCCUCUGUAACACACUUGUCUCUUCUACUUGCUCUUGCUCUUCUCUUUUCAAUUAAAUGGUGUUUACGCCUUCCGAGGGACAAGAGACCAUGGCCAUGGGACCCGAGAGAUCCAAGCCGCUUCACAAUUUCAUGUUGCCCUCCUAUCUCAAGUGGGGGAAUCAGCGCCACCUCCGCUGCACCAAGCUCCCCACCGCCGGAGAUCGCCGAUCUCCGCCCCCUAAUGCCACGCCUCCAUUCCUCGCCGACGCCGGGAUCGACGCCGUCAGGGAGAAGCUCAUGCUCGAUCUCAAAACCGAGGCCGAUAGGAUGAAGCACGCGAUUCUCGGCGCCGGCGACAAUCAUCUCCACAUCCACCACGCGCCGGAGGAGGACUCGCCGCCGCCGCCGCACGCCGGACCCAGGACGUGGAAUCUCCGCACCCGCCGCGCUCCGGUCGGGGACAGGGGGGUCCGGAUUGACGAGAGGAGGUCUCCGUUGAGGACUUCCGCCGCCGCCGCCGCCGGGAAGUCGCCGAAAUUGAGAGGGUCGCCGGAGAAGGAGGAGCAUCCGGUGAAGUUUUCUCCGACGCUUUCGAAGAAAGAGUUAGAGGAGGAUUUCAUGAAGAUGGUGGGCCACCGGCCUCCCCGCAGGCCCAAGAGGCGGCCCAGAAACGUGCAGAAGCAGUUGGAUACCCUUUAUCCUGGUCAGUGGUUGUCGGAGGUCAGUGCCGACUGUUACAAGGUUCCUGACGACGCCCAAACUGGCAAGAGGUAGCGUUGAGAUUGGCGAAAGGCAUUUUGUUGGCUGCGUCGGAUACAUAGGAUGGAUGCACAUGGACUUCUGGAUGCGUGCCUUUUGUUCAUUUCAAUGUUCCUUUCAAAUUCAGAAAUAUAGUUUCAUUCUUUUGUUUAUAGAAUAAUACUCUGGACAGUGAUGGUCGUUCCAAAUCACAUGAUUCAAUAGGAUAGUAAGGUUAUCUGGUUUACUACUUUGUUUUUGAAACUAUUUAGUUUCAAGGACCAAGUUAUACUGUGGGAACUUUCAACUUUAAUCUUCAAUUCUAGAUUAUGGGACUUAUUCUCCGAUGCUAGUUUAGUUUUGGUUCACUCUGAAUUUGGCUGUGUUUAUGGGAUUGGAAUAUACACCAUUUGUCUCGUAAUGUUUCUCCUUAUUAAUUAUUAUUA